AUGUGCAACAAAACCAUGGCUUCAUUUCAUCUAAUCCUGGUCUGGGUAGGCGGAGGCGUCGUGGUCAGUCGUGUAGGGAUGCCCUCACACUCCAAACCAGCCCGAUGUAGGGCAGACGAAACACGUUCGGUGGUGCCAGGAUCGGGUGAGACCGGAAGCAGCCCAUCCUGCACAGACGCCUCCGAGCUCGCAGCAGAUGCAGGUUGCACUGUUCCUAUGGAUGGUCUCGGAGUUUCUUUUCCAUGGGCUGGAUUCGGUCUCCUCCUCCUCCACAUGGACGCUGGACCAACACAUCCAACAGAAGCGGGCCUCGAUGAACCCCUACGUCAAGGCUCGUUCCUGAGAGUGAUGAUGUCUAUAAUCGGGCUGUUCGACGUAUUGCCGAUCUUUCAUGCCACCUCGUCAGGCACCACCGAGGUCUGUCGGCUUGUGUGAGAUGUAAAAUAAUAUAUGCUAAGGAGG